UCUCCCACAACAAUAGUAAGGACAACAAUAGUAAGCGACCUUAUUGACGUGUUUUACCCCACAACAACAACCUUCUUCUUCAACCUUCUUCUUCAACCUUCUUCGUCAACCCCCAACACCCCCAACACCACCGACACUUCUAAGAUCAAGGAGUAAGACAGCCACGAUGGUUGGAAAAUGAAAGAACGACGACGAGAAGUCGAAGAACAAGAAUACCCAGCAGGUCACAAAACGCCGCAACAACAUGAGUGAAGUUGAACGCACAAUCGACAACGCCAAGAGGGCAGAUACAGCUGCUGUUUCAUAUGCCUUGCGAAAUCUCUGGGCAACUUCUGAGUUCAAGAACCUCGACAGCCAAGCUCAAGAACGUCGAGUAGAAGCCAAAAAGACCAAGGUAGCUCUCAAGCGUGUACGUGAUGGAAAGCAUGCAACUGUUGUUCAGCAACGUCUUGGGAUUGGUGAGGGAGGGGGGGCAUAUUCUCUUUGGGACGACGGAAACAUUGCUUGGGAAACCGAGGAUGAGGAUGAUGAGGUAGUGCAAGAGGCUAUGUGGAGGGAAGAUGAGAAGGCCAAUGGCGUUGAUGAUGUUGGAAUUCAGAAGAUCCAGAGAGAGAUGGUGGCACAAUCUGUCGCUACAACCAAGAAGGUGGAUCAGUUGGGAUUCUCCCUCUGGCGCCGAAAGUGGAGGGUUGCAUACCAAUCAACGUUACGACACAGACCCAGACUUCCUUGAGAAAUUGCCCCCUGCAAUUGAUCCAACUACAGGGAUCUACUACAACAAGGUUCCGCCACAUCUAUACUUCUCAAAGACGGAAAUGGCUGUUUGGAGAAACUUCACCUCAUGGAAUCUUGAUGGUGACAAUGCAUAUCUUCCUGGGCCAGCUGAGUGGUACCCUGAUGAUUACGAUACUACUCAGCAUGGUUUCCAUGUUGAUCUUGAUGCUGGCAGAGCAUAUGAAGCUUGGGAGAUGUUGGCUGAAGAAACCGAGCCUACCAAUUUCAGGUGGGUCUUGCCAUCCGAUGAUACAUUGGUACUGUUGCCUCCAACAAAAGAAUCAGAGGAGUUUCUCAGCCAGUUCUACGAAAUGUAGAUUAGUUUCUUCUUCUACAAUAGCUAGGUAGAUCAAUA